ACAACAAGUGCAGGUUGUAGGCUAACAUCAAUAGUGCUAACUAAACAGACAUUCGUAGUUUGAUAUAGCGAGCAAUAAUAGGUUACUUGAAAGCUGAAAGCUUGUUUUUCCAAGUGUACGAUCAAGAUUCUCUCUGAGGAGAGGCACAUAGUGAUCAGGCACUGAGAUGGCUGCCCGCAUCCCUCUCGUACUCUUGGCUUGCGGGUCCUUCAACCCCAUCACCAACCAACACAUGCGGCUGUUCGAGUUGGCCCGGGAUCACAUGCAUCUAACUGGGCAGUACCAGGUGUUGGGUGGGAUCGUAUCCCCAGUGGGUGACGGAUAUGGCAAACAGGGCCUCGUUUCUGCAAAGCACCGCGUUGCCAUGGCAAAGAUGGCCCUACAAACUUCUGACUGGGUGUCCGUGGACGACUGGGAGAGUCAGCAGCCUGACUGGACGGAGACGGUCGUUACUAUGAGGUACCAUUAUGGGCAGAUUGCCAAGCAGUACCAGCACAGGAUAGAGGCACUUAACAACGCACCUCAGAAAUCAGCUUUGUGUGAGCCUCAGCUCAAGCUGCUGUGCGGCGCCGACUUCCUGGACACGUUCCACGUGCCGGGCCUGUGGCUGGACGAGCACGUGGAGGAGGUGGCGGGCCGCUUCGGCCUGGUGUGCGUGAGCCGCGGGCGCCAGCAGCCGGACCGGGCGGUCCACGAGUCGGACGUGCUCUCGCGGCACGCCGCCAACAUCUUCACGGUGCGCGAGUGGGUGCGCAACGAGACCAGCGCCACCGAGGUGCGGCGGGCCCUCCGCCGGGGCCUCAGCGUCAAGUACCUGCUGCCCGACGACGUCGUCGACUACAUCCGCACGCACGGCCUCUACACGCACGAGACCGAGCUGAAGAACAAGGGCGUCAAGCUGCGCCCGCUCACCAAGCAGGGACUCCUGGACUCCGGCAUUCGAUCGCAGGCAAUCGGAUCUCUGUUACUCUCUAUUUGCACUGGACUAAAGGAAUCACACUUAACUUUCAAAAUGCCAGCUGACUACUCCGGCUACUGGAAAAUGAUUGCCAGUGAUAACUUCGAGGAGUACUUGAAGGGUCUUGAUGUUAAUGUUGCCAUCAGGAAAAUCGCCGUCCUGUUGAAGCCCGACAAGGAGAUCACUCAGGACGGCAAUCACCUAGUUAUUAAAACGCUCAGCACCUUCAAGAACUACCUCAUGGACUUCGAGGUCGGCAAGGAGUUUGAGGAGGAUUUGAGUGGCAUCGAUGACAGGAAAUGCAUGACCACUGUGAGCUGGGAUGGAGACAAGCUGGUGUGUGUGCAGAAAGGGGAGAAGGAGGGAAGAGGCUGGACCCACUGGAUCGAAGGCGACGAGCUACACCUGGAGCUGAGAGUGGAGGGUGUGGCUGCCAAGCAGGUCUUCAAGAAGACCUAAAUCUGCUGCAAAGGCUUCACAGCACAGUGCCAACUGGAGACUGACGCAGACACAUACACACACACACACACACACACACACACUCAUACACACUGCUCUGGGCAAAGCUACUGCUUCGUGCCCUUAGUUGAUGUACUUUACCCCUACCAUAUACCCCUCACUCCCUCCGACUGGUCUGGGUCCACCUUUGGGGCCUGCCUUGGCAGUGGUUUAAGGGUUCGUCCACCCUCACUUCAGAAGUCAACAGGCAAAAACAACAGGCGGUCACAUUACAACUGCUUGACUUGUUGGUUUGUUUUGUUAACUCUGCCGUCAGGAAUCUACCAGUUGCCUCCGCACAGCUGUGUGUGUUUGCGUCUUUGAUUAGUGAGUCUAGGAGCAAAGUCCAUCCCCUUCCUCAAUAAAGUAGAGCAGAGUUCCUGUAAUGUUUAGCGCCUCUUGCAGAAAGGGUGAGAUAGCAGGACAGCCAGAGUUAAUAGCACAGGCGAGAGAAGCAGCCAUAGGUCAACUAUGUAGAGUGGCAGAGAGAGACGGGGGUGCAGUGAUCCUGCAGUCUCAUGGCGCUGGCAGAUGGAUAUAUAUAUAGAGAGAGAUGAUCAGUGAUCAGUGAAGCAAAACUGUGGAAACCCUGGAGGUCAAAUCCAAACAGAGUCUAGUAAUAGCUGAGGAGGCGGGUAGCCACUCGUGUUGUGUUUUCCCUGAUGUUAUAUGACAAUGUACCAUCAAUGAAAGAAAUACCAUUAAAUGAAUGAAUCCGAA